AUUUUUCUAGGUGCUAGACACAAGCGCAAGGAGCUACUUGGAAAAUUGAAUUCUUACAUUGGACUUCAGCAUUCAUCUGAUUGACUUCAUCAAGUCAUAUACGUUCUGGCAGGAAUGUUGUCCAUAUAUUUAAUAUUGCUCCUGUGGUUUCAGGUAGUGCAUCAAUCUUCAGCCGCUGAGUCCAGCGCUGCUGGUGCCUCGCAUGAAAUGAAUGAAGGACUUACAGGGGAAGCUAUGGGGUCUCAUAAGCCUUCACGGGGCAAACGUCAUUUUGGCAACAUGUUGAAGUUGUGCAGAGGGGAGACAACUGCCAUUUGUCCAGAGCAGAAGUUAAAUUCAAAUCCGGAACGGGAGCCAGUAGCAAACUCGCUCGUCGACGGCCAGCUUGACGAUCAUCGGCCGGCACAACGUGCCCUCAAUUCACGCCCGCCGCCGCCGAAGUCUCCACCUCCACCGGCUCCCUCCCACUCGCGUCCACCCCCGCCCCCGCCACCGCCUCCACCCUGCCCACCUCCACCCUGCCCACCUUCACCUGGCUCGCCUCCACCCUGCCCACCUCCACCGUACCCACCCUCACCUCCUCCAGAACCUGUAGAGCAUUCAUAUGAAGGGCUUGGUAGCUUCCAAGAGCAUGCAGGUUCCCCACCACACCCAAGUACAGGUGUCGAUCCUGAGGAACAAGAAAUCGAAGCUGCAAUUUUGGAAUCUUUGAGAACCAGUCAGCCUUCACCUGCCCGCCAAAUCCAUUCCGAGCAAUCGCCGUUGGGAAAUGAGAAUAUCCUGCUACCACCUAUGUCCCGGCCUCCGCCUAGACCGCCUCGUUCCCAUUCUCCUCCGUUCCACCCGCCUCCACCCCGCCGAGUGCCAGCUCGGGAGCCACGUACCUCUUCUCAAGAGCCUACAGAGAAUUAUCAUCAACAGUUUCAUGGUAUUCAGGAGGAUGCAGGUCCUUCAUCACGCCCGAGUACAAGUGUUGAUAUUGCGGAACUAGAAAUCCAAGCUGCAAUUUUGGGAUCUUUGAAAACCAAGAAGCCUUCACUAGCCCGUCGAAUCCGUUCCCAGCAAUCACCAUCGCAAACUGAGGCUAUCCCGCCGCGGCCCGUAUCUCGGCCUCCGCCCGGACCGCCUCAUUCCCAUUCUUCUCCGCUACGCCCGCGUCCACCCCGCCGAGCGCGUGCUCGGGAGCCACGUGCCUCUUCGCAAGAGCCCGUAGGGAACCAUCAUCAACAGUUUGAUGGCUUUCAAGAGUAUGCAGGUCCUUCAACACAUCAUCCAAGUCCAAGCUCCUAUGAGAUGCAUUUGGCGGGUAUGACGACUGAGGAACAAGACCUCCGAGCUGCAAUCCUUGAAUCUUUGAAAACCAAUCAGCGUUCACAUCGAGUCCGCAAAGGACCCGUCUCUCAAGGAAUUUCUUGGUUCAAAUCACUCGUAGGUGGAAGAGCAGAAAGAACAAAAGAUGAUUCUAUCUCUCUUCCUCUCUCAGAGCAUCUUGGAUGGCCUUCAGACGGACCUGCCCGGGUGCCCACUGCCGACUACAAUUCGCAACAGGCUCGUCCGCAAACGCCUGUUAGACACUCUCCCUACCGUCCAACUCACGACUACAACGGAAAUUUAGAUGAGUAUCAAGCUCUGUCACAUGCCAUGCAAGUCUCGACACAGGAAGUCUCCCGACCUUCAUCACCUUAUAUGGCUAGACAAGGAUGAUUCUGAGUUUCCUUAAUGGGCCUCAUAGAUUACACUUCUCUUGGCGUGUUGGAUGGAAGGGUUUUUCAGUGGGUCCGGUUCAGAUUAGAUACUGCUCAGCAUCUGCUGUGACUCAGCCCAAUCUCACCACUUUCUCUUCAAGUCUUAAGCUGCAAGAUCACUUCUGCAUACCUUCUGUUCAAAAUUUCAUAGAGUUGACUAAAUUAGAAACUUCGAGAUCUGAUGCUUGGACCAGAUAAUAAUGAGUUUGCUUUUCCUUUGUUUGAUGAAAAAUUGUUCCCUUUUUUUUAAAAAAAAAUGUUUAGCCUAAGCCUUCAAUGAAAAGCUAAAAAAAACUUGAUUGAAUCAAUAAUGUUGCUCAAACUCCGUAAUUGA